CAGCUGCUGAACACAAUGCCAUUCAUGCCACGGGGCGAAAACAGGCGAAGCGCCUGCUCCGGUAACCCAACAAUGUGGAGAACAUGCAGUAUUUUUUGCGCAUGGAGUCUACUGUUAUUGACAGAGGUCUGUGCGCAGUCUCAGCGGAGACCAAUCUUCACAUGCGGCGGAAACAUCACAGGAGAAUCAGGAGUAAUCGGGAGCCAGGGAUACCCAGGAGUUUACCCUCCAAAUACCAAAUGUGUGUGGAGAAUCACAGUCCCUGAGGGGAAAGUGGUGGUCCUGUCAUUCCGCUUCAUCGACUUGGAGAGCGACAACCUUUGCCGCUAUGACUAUGUGGAUGUUUACAGUGGCCAUGUCAGUGGACAGAGACUGGGUCGCUUCUGUGGUACGUUCAAGCCCGGAGCCCUGGUUUCCACGGGCAACAAGAUGCUCAUGCAGAUGGUAUCUGAUGCCAACACUGCUGGGAGUGGCUUCCUUGCUGUUUUCUCUGCUGCCCAUCCACAUGAGAGAGGGGACCAGUACUGUGGAGGCAGAUUAGACAAGCCUUCUGGGACGUUCAAAACACCCAACUGGCCUGAAAAGGACUACCCGGCUGGUGUCACCUGCUCCUGGCACAUAGUGGCACCAAAGAACCAGAUCAUUGAAGUGAAGUUUGAGAAGUUUGACGUGGAAAGAGAUAACUACUGCCGUUAUGAUCACGUCUCCAUUUUCAACGGGGCGGAAAUCAAUGAUGCCAAGAGGAUUGGAAAAUACUGUGGAGACAGCCCCCCAGCGCCAGUGUUCUCUGAUGGAAACCAACUUCUAAUCCAGUUCCUCUCAGAUCUCAGUCUAACCGCAGAUGGCUUCAUUGGACACUACAAGUUCAGACCAAAGAAAUUCCCCACCACCACAAUACCACCCACCACUACCACUCAGCCAGUCACCACCAGGCCCAUACCCCUGAAGUACUCUGUAGCCCUGUGCCAACAGAAAUGCAAAAGACGGGGAACGCUUGAGAGCAAUUACUGCUCCAGCAAUUUCGUGAUAACAGGGACUGUAAUUACGGCGGUGAUGAGAGGAGGAAGUAUGUAUGCCACUGUCUCUAUCAUCAACGUGUAUAAGGAAGGCAGUCUGGCCAUCCAGCAGGCAGGAAAGACCAUGAGCACCAAGAUCAUAAUCCUGUGCAAGAAGUGCCCAUUUAUCAGAAGAGGGUUGAACUACAUCUUCAUGGGCCAGGUGGACGAGGAUGGGCGGGGGAAGAUCGCCCCUCAGCACUUUGUCAUGGCGUUUAAGACAAAGAACCAGAAAGGACUCAACGUCCUGAAAAACAAACGUUGCUGA